GUGUGUUUUUUUGAAGCCAUGUUUACUUUUCUGAUUGGAACUUCCUUCAUAAUGAUGGUGCUAUCUGAGCCCAGAUGUGAUCAGACAGAGUUCUUACACCAAAAUGGCACCUGUGUUGAAUGCCCUGUUUGUAAGCCUGGAGAGCAGCUAUCCGGGGAUUGUGGCUUUGGUUAUGGUGGAGAUGGGGUUUGCAUUCUCUGUGAAAGGGGGACCUUCAGCACAGUUACAGGUGUGGAGCCCUGCAGGAGAUGCACUCAGUGCAACCUGCUGAACCGCCAUAUGCUGACCGAUUGUUUUCCCACCAGUGACACUAUGUGUGGGAAGUGUCUCCCAGGAUAUUAUGAACUUAAGAGCAUGACAGGGGAAGUGGAGCUGCUAUGUAUUCCUUGUGAGAGCCAGGAUACACUCCAUAAAGAGUGUAGAAGCUUUGCAUCUCGAGGCUCUAAAGCGCGUAUGAAUCAAAACUCACAGACACAACAGUGGAAACAUUAUGUUUAACUUUUCGUAUGUAUUGAUAAUUGUCUAAAAACUGUCAUUUUUGACAUCUGACAGAGAGCGCCAUCAUGUUACCUGUUGGAAAGUCGGACAA